GAGCAGAGAUCAACAGCCGCUCAGCCCACGUAGGAGCUGGUCAGUGUGUGGUGUCACAGCUGGGUCUCGCUGCGCCGCGCCUUGCGCGCUGGCACCAUCCGAGUGCCCGGGGGCAGCGGUGCGCGGAGCCCGGCUUCGGAAUCGUGCUGCUGCCCGCGCUGGGGGGAAUGUCCAGGCAGCUCAUGCGCAACCCUGCGCGCCUGCUCUCCAGCGGGGCCCUGGGCAGGAACCAGGCGGCAACAGCAGCAGGUGCCUCUGCUAGGGAGACCUCCUCCUCCUCGGCUGCAGCAGGAGCAGGGACACCGGGACACGAAGGGAAGAAGAAUGUAGUCACUGAAAGACAUGGAACCAUCAUGACAAUUGGGAUUAACAGGCCAGAAGCCAGGAAUGCUGUGAAUCAGGAGACUGCAGCAAUGCUUCUGCAGGCAUUCACCUCAUUUGAAGAUGAUACCUCGCUAACUGUCGCUGUACUUCAUGGAAUAGGAGGUAAUUUCUGCGCUGGUUAUGAUUUGAAAGAGCUGGCCCACAACCCAACCUCAAUAAAAUUGGAACAAGAUGUCACCAAAGGUCCUGGUCCCAUGGGUCCUUCCCGAAUAAAGUUUUCCAAACCAGUGAUUGCUGCAGUAAGUGGAUAUGCAGUGGCCGGGGGUCUUGAGCUCUCUCUUUUGGCUGACCUGCGUGUUGUGGAGCAGAGUGCCAUUUUUGGAGUGUUCUGCAGACGCUUUGGUGUUCCAUUGAUUGAUGGUGGCACUGUACGGCUACCUCGACUGAUUGGUCUCUCACGAGCCUUAGAUCUCAUUCUAACUGGUCAUCCUGUUGGUGCACAAGAAGCAUAUGAGUUUGGGCUAGCCAAUCGAAUAGUCCCCAAUGGCCAAGCCCUUCAGUGUGCCAUUGAGCUUGCUAAACAAAUCUCUUCCUUUCCUCAACAAUGCAUGCGAGGAGACCGAAGUUCUGCUUAUUACAGUGUCUUUGAUGCUGCCUCAUUCACAGAAGCCCUGCAAUUUGAGUUUGACACCGGUGUGCAGGUGAUUUCCAAAGAGUCUCUCCCUGGUGCUACAAAGUUCAGCUUAGGGGUGGGACGUGGAGGAAAGUUAUAAAAGUCAAAUAUUUUCUGCGUGUAGAAAAGGUUUACUAAUAAUUAAAACAGUAGAAGUCUACUGAAUUUACAAAAAUAAUGGAAGUCCUGAAAAAAUUAUUAUAUAAAUUCAAAAUUUAUAAUUUACUCUAGGGUACAUAAUCUUGAUGUAUGGGAAGUUGUAUACAUAAUUGUGUUAGCAAGGGUUAUGUACAUAAAUCCUUGUGAAUGGAGAUCAGAUACCCUGUGUUAAUAUAUUUUAUAUCUAAAAAUCAUUGUCAUAAUGAAAAAUUUCAAUUUUUAUUGUACUUUUGUUCUGCAAUCCUGAAAUAAAGCUAAUUCUUU